AUGCCAGACGCAAAGCCAGAAAUCGUGUUCGUCACCGGAAACCAGAACAAGUUGAACGAAGUCCGCCUCAUUCUAGGCGGAGAUGCCACCCCAUUCCAACUAACCAACGAACCUUUGGACUUGGAGGAAAUCCAGGGCCACGACCUCCAGGAAAUCGCAGAAGCAAAACUAAAGCAAGCCGUCGACCAAUUGGGCCCCGGAAGACCAGUAUUCGUGGAAGACACAGCAUUGUGCUUCGACGAGUACAACGGCCUACCCGGUGCAUACAUCAAAUGGUUCGUCAAAUCCAUGGGCCUCGAAAAAGUCGUCAAAAUGCUAGACGGUUUCGAAAAUAAAGGCGCAUACGCCGUCACAACCAUCGCAUACGCCGACUCACAGGGCAAACACCACUUCUUCCAGGGCAAGACUCACGGAACCAUCGUUCCAUCACGUGGACACAGAAACUUCGGCUGGGACUCUAUCUUCCAACCAGACGAGGCUCCAAACGGCGAAACCUACGCCGAAAUGGAGAAGACCGACAAGAACAAGAUAUCCCAGCGUGGCAGGGCUUUCGACCAGCUAAAGAAGCACCUAUACUCCAGCUGA